AGAGGGGGCGGAGGACAGAGAAAGAAAAGGGGGAGAGAAAGAAAGAAAAGGAACCGUGCGUGUUUUCGCAGGAGGAGUUUCUCUCUCUCGCACCGUUGGAAUUCACCGUCCAAACGUUUUUUAUCGGGAUUUGCUGGAGGAGCGCGAAGGAGCGAGCGAGCGCCAGCGAGCAGAUGUUAUAGCCGGACUAUCCCUCUGUUUCCAGCCUGAUAUCGAUCCUACAAUCCAGUACAAUGUGGCAGCCUGCGUCGGAACGAUUGCAGCAUUUGCAGACCAUGCUGAAGACCAAACUCAAUGUGCUGACGCUUCGGAAGGACCCGCUGCCGACGGUGAUCUUUCAUGAGCCAGAGGCUAUUGAACUGUGUUCAGCCACACCUCACACGAAGAACCGCACACACACGGGAUACAAGGUGACUUACCUAGGCAAGGUGACGAUUUCCGGCACUCAGUUCCUGUCCGGCUGCACAGAGUCAGCAGUUGUGGGAUUAUGUGACACAAAACGAAAGUCUUUAGCCUACGACGACUCCAUCACCUCUUCCAACGCCAUACUGGAGAUCCGCCCCUUCCAGGUGCGACUACAUCACCUGGAUGAGCGGGGCGAGGCCACUGUUGCCAUGGACACCUUCCAGGUCGCUCGCAUCGCGUAUUGCACAGCGGACCACAACAUUAGCCCAAACGUGUUUGCGUGGAUCUACCGGCAAAUCAACGAUGAUCUGACGUUCCAGAUGGACUGCCACGCUAUAGAGUGCGAGAGCAAAUUAGAGGCUAAAAAACUCGCCCACUCCAUGAUGGAAGCCUUUAAGAAAACCUUCCACAGCAUGCGCAGUGACGGACGCAUCCACAAGAGCGGCUCGUCCGACGAGUUCGCCGAGGAGUCAUCCACACCCGAUGACGACUGAGGGUGGGAAGGGGGGCGGAGCCUAUGUAAAGUGGGCGAAUGAGUGCUAGUUUGAGAUAAGGCAGGUACCGAUGUGUUGGUACCAUCUCUUAACCCUUAUCUUUAGACUCACUCUCUUUCUCUCUCUGUCUUUGUGCCAUAAAAUAAUAUUUAGAAAAUACAAGAAAAUAAAGAUGGAUAGAAAUGAUCAAUGGAAAUUCAAACAAAGCAUACUUUUAAGCUGACUUUUGCCUUUUUAGAUCUCGACAGAUUUGACAAAAGCAUAAAUGUACUCAAAAAACACAUUAUCAUCCUCACUUACACUCCUAUUGAAAGCUGCUGUUUUUAAAUACGAUGUUGAGAAAAUUUCCCAUAUUUGACCUGUUAAGCUACUUGUGUUUAGCCAAUCGAAAUUCUACGGAAAAUCACCUGCGAGGGGAUAUUAAGGGUGAUCUUGAUCUCAAAUAGGGCCAUUUUUAGAUAACAGAGAUGUAUUCCCUCAGCCAGUUAUAGUUUGAGAGAGAAAUUGUAUAAUUUAAUUUUUUUUGCAGCAAGUCUAGGGCAUUCCUUUACCAUUAUAAGGCCAUAGAAUCAUCACUCAUGGGGACCAUGCAUCAGUUUGUGUGUAUUUUAAAGAAGACCAAAAGUCAAAGUGUGUGAUUUAGUGUCUGUCUACAGCUCAUGAGCCUUUUAAUAACUAUGGAACUGGUUCUCUACAACAAGCUAACGUGUGCAAGCGUAUUUAGUCUUAUUCGGUCUAGCGUGCGCAUGAGUGUGCGUUUUUUGAUUUUGUGAAAGUUUGAAGUGCAAGAGUGUGUCUGUGUUUGUACGUUUGGAGAUUAACGUGAGAUAGACGUUCCAGAGAGACAUCAGUACGUACACUCAUGCAGGUCUAAUUCUUUUGAAAAUAAUACUUGAUCUUAACUUUCUUUAAUGGGAUAGUUUACCCUUCUGUGGAAGACGAAAGAAGAUAUUUUGAGAAAUGUGGUUUCGUGUCAAAUCAAUGGAGGCCAAUAUUGUUAUUUUUCUGACAUUAUACAGAAUAUCUUAUUUUGUGUUCUGCAGAAGAAAGUCUAACAUGUUUCGAAUGACAUGGCUGAGACAAAGGGAUGAAAGAACUUUCAUUUUUGGUGUGCUGUCCCUUUAAGGUUGACAUUGUUUUGAUAGUGCUACUUUUCAGUUAAAAUCAAAUCCCUAUAACCCGUCCUUGUUUAGCAUACAGUGUGUUGAGGCAUCUUUGAAAGAGUUGUGUGAAUGUUUGUGCAGGAUGAGGGAGGUUCCAGGCCCCCCAAAAACAUAGUUGCCCGAUAGAGUGCCUGUAUCUUCCCCCUAUGCUGAAUGUAUGUCUCUUGUGCUGCAAGCGCUAUAUAUGUACUGGUACUGAAAGCCUUGUUUUACAUUUUUUUUAUUUUAAAAUAUACAUUUGUAUUUGCAGGUAAUUUGGAAGCUGUAUAAUGAUUUAGAGUCAUUAUUUGUACAUGUUUUGUACAAAAUACAGAGAUGGCAUAAUGUGCGUUUGUGUUUUGUCUUAAAAUUAAACACACGCACACAUAGAUGCUUUUACACAGCUCCAGUCACCUGUGAAAACCCUUUUAUGGGAACAAUGGAUUGUGGAGCGAAAUGAGAAAUGGUAAAUGAAGGAACUAUGAAUCAGACAUAUGAUGUAUUCCAAUUUUGAAUCGGGUUCUCGAUUCAGAUUCAAAAUAGAUUCCAACGGGGUUGAUCUGGAUUCAGACAGAAAACUAAGAUGAAGUUUAGAGAACCCUAGGCAAGUGAGCAUCUAUAAAUAUAAAGAAAUAUAUAUAAAUGAUAUAUACAGUGUAUUUGAAAAUCAUUCUGUAAGCUUGUGUAAAUACAAAUGUAUCCAUUUUUCUUUUGAAUACUGCAUCAAAGGUAAAAUAUUUUGAGUUAAGCACCAUUAAAGGAAUCAGUAUUAUGGCCAACUGUGAAUCUGGAUCAGGAGCAGAAGGAAGUCUGGAGCCUGAGUGAUGAAAAUGAUGAAUUGUCAGGGCAGAGUGAUGAAAUGAGUGUCUCUUUGUUGUUUUGUUGAUUGAAUUUGAUUUUGUAAAAUUGUAGAGGAACAUUCUUCUCACUUCAUGUCUUAAUGGCUCAGACUCGCUUUAAUGUUUUGAAAUGUUACCGUAUGUGUUUUUUAUGCUGUAUUUGCAAAGAAAAAAGAUCAGUCAUAUAUAAAAUAUUUACCAAGCUAA